GUGCUGAGAGGCGCGCGUUCUGGAUAUUGGCACGCUUCAGUGUGGACCCUCACACUUUGCCCACUGCCCCGCAUCAUUGGAAGCCAGAGUUUCUCACCCUGGGCCCUACCGACAUUUGGGGCCAGGCAGUUCUUUGUUGUAGGGGGCGGUCUUGUGCCUUGUAGGAUAUUCAGUGGCACCUCUGGUUUCUACCCACUAGAUGCCAGUAGCAACCCCCUUUCCUGUGUGACUUCAUAGACAUCAUAGACAUCAUAGCCAAAUGUCCUCCUUACAGGAAUCUUAAAGUAACAUUGAGGUGCAUCCUGCUGCAAGAGAAGCUGGUAUACAUAUACCUACAGAAGGGUCAGGUCAGCGUAGGGUUGUUUUAUGCACAGCUUGCCAGGGGAAAGGCUGUGCCAUGUGGCAAGGUGCACUCGGGACAGUCCUGUGAGAAAACCAUUGCCAGGGACUGAAAGAAAGUCCAGGAACUUGCAUAUGGGGAGAAGUAAGGAUGCAUCGAAAGCCUUCGUUCCUCCCCAAAGUCGAUUAGAGAUUUCUGGCGUGAUUGGAGGGAUCGAGGCUAGGACGGAUAAACCUGGGAACACAUUGUGCCAGUGCCAUUACUUCUUCUUGGCUGGCAGGAGGCUCUUUAAAAGGAGAUGGGGUUGUCCUUGGAGCUGUUUUGAGAUGGGUCCCUUCACGGGUGCCCUGCAGACACUGAGCAUGGUGGUGCAGGGGGCAGGGGCACGUUCUCAGAGGCUGCCUGUCCUCCCACCUCUCGUUGACUCCAGGCCCCUGGCUCCUGCUUGAGGCUGCUCCACGCCCUUCUCCCUCCUGCUUGAAAAACUGGUGUUGCCAGCAUGCCCUGCUCCGGCCUUUCCUGGUGUCUCCUCCUGGCGCUGCCCUGUGCCCACCCGCAUGCUGAAGGUGGUGGGAAGACUUGUGUCUCUUCCAGCUGUUUAGAGGGUUCUGCCAGAUAGAAGGGAAGAUGGGGAACGCCAAAAGCCGCUCGGGGCAGAACACCUGUUCACAGUUUCUGCCUGAGGAGCAGGCAGAGAUCGAUAGACUGUUUGAUGCUCUGUCAUCGGACAAACACAGCUCGAAUACCUCGCUCAGAUCCUUCUCUCUGAAGGCACUACAGAGCCACGUUGGGGAAGCUCUUCCCCUAGAGAUGGUCACCAGACUGUAUGAUGGGAUGCGGAGGGUCAACCUGACGGGGACGGCGAUGGGGCCCAGUGAGGGUGUCUCCCAGAAGCAGUUCACAGUGUCAAUGUCCCACCUGUUAAAAGGAAACUCCGAGGAGAAGAGUCUCGUGAUCCUGAAAAUGAUUUCUGCCACAGAAGGUCCCGUGAAAGCAAGAGAAAUCGAGAAGUUUACAGAGGAUCUGGUUGGCUCUGUGGCGCACGUGCUAGAGCACAGGCAGGAGCUGAGAGGCUGGACUCAGAAGAAGGGCCCGGGCUCCCCGCCCAGGGUGCAGGUGCUGGCUGCCCAGCUCUUCUCCGAGAUGAAGCUUCCAGGUGGCGAGAAGCUUCUGGGGCCUCAGCGGCUGGACUGUGACUGUGACCGAGCCACGAUCGAGGACUGGGUGUUCAGGGCCCCCCACGUGGCCACGUUUCUGAGCGUGGUCAUCCACAGAGGCUUUCUCCUCCUGGGCUCAUCCCUCGACCUGUCUGCCCUGCUCCCCGAGCGUCAGGUCGAUCAGGGGCGGGAGUUUGAGAGCGUGCUGGAUGUCCUGUCGGUCAUCUACGUCAACUCCCACCUGCCCAGGGAGCGGCGGCACCGCUGGCGUCUGCUCUUCUCGUCCGAGCUCCACGGGCACAGCUUCGCCCAGCUCUGUGGGCACAUCACGCACGGGGGCCCCUGUGUGGUGCUCCUCCAGGACCACGACGGCCACGUGUUCGGUGGGUUUGCCUCCUGCUCCUGGGAGGUCAAGCCUCAGUUUCAAGGGGAUGACAAAUGCUUCCUGUUCUCCAUCUCCCCCAGCAUGGCUGUGUACACCUGCACGGGCUACAACGACCACUACAUGUACCUGAAUCACGGGCAGCAGACCAUCCCAAACGGACUGGGCAUGGGAGGGCAGCACGAUUACUUUGGGCUGUGGAUUGAUGUCGAUUUCGGGAAAGGACACAGCAAGGCCAAGCCCACGUGCACCACAUACAACAGCCCUCAGCUGUCGGCCAAGGAGAACUUCCGGUUCGAGAAGUUGGAGGUGUGGGCGGUGGGAGACGCCUCGGAGUCGCAGCUGGCCAAGAGCAGCAGGAGCAUCCUGGACGUGGACCCCGAGGCCCAGGCGCUGCUGGAAAUCACUGGGCGGAGCCGCCAAAGCCAAGGGCUCCGGGAGGUCCCGGAGGACGACGAUUGAGGAGUCCCCGAGCUCGGGCCUUCCUGGAGUUGCAGGAUGGCCCCCCUGGGCAGGGCGCACAGCCUGCCGACCCUCUGCUCACCCCGCCUGUGCCUGCUUUAACAUAGAGCCACACCGGUCAUGUCCAGGUGGUCCUGGCCGUGCUCAAGUGGAACAGAGUCAAGUUCCUCUGGUGCCGUAUAUUGGUUGGUGGGUGUAUCUCCCAGAAAUCCUGUGUCAGAUUAGCGACUGAAUUUUUAUACUUUGUUCAUUUUCUAUCAAUGAAAUCCAAAGACGUUGA